CGUCGGUGGAAGGAGAGAUGGUGGUGUGUUGUGUGUUUUUUUUCUUCCUCCCUUUACGGAAGUGAAAGAGGUGAAAAAGUUGGGCUGGGAAGAAAAGUGGGAAAGAAGAACUGCGAAAGCAAAGCGAGGAGAUUUCUAAAAUUGUUGGAAGCGGUGGGGGAAAUCCCCGAUCUCUCCCUUCCUUCGGAAUGAAAUUAUGAUCUGGGAUCUGCCAUGAAAAAACAAUGGGGCCCUUUCUCAGCCCCUCCUGGUUUUGCACGGGGUUCUUCUUGGUUACGAUCUGGUCUGGCGUUGCGGGAACCGAAGUUUGCACAGGAACGGACAUGAAGCUGCAACAUCCCUCCAGUCCAGAAAACCACCAUGCCACCCUCCUUCGCCUCUAUCAACACUGUCAAGUUGUGCAAGGCAACCUGGAGAUAACCCAUCUGCCAGCAUAUGCAGACACCUCGUUCCUCAAGGACAUCAGAGAGGUCCAGGGGUAUGUCCUGAUUGCUAAGAACCAUGUACGCCACCUGGAACUCAAUAGCCUCCUGAUCAUUCGUGGGACUCAGCUGUAUGAGGAAAAGUAUGCAUUGGCUGUCCUAGACAAUAUUGACCCCGAAGGGAAUGAGGGGCUGCAGGAGCUGGGCAUGUUGAAACUGACAGAAAUCUUGAAAGGUGGAGUGAUUAUAAACAGAAACCCACAGCUGUGCUUCCAGGAGACCAUCAACUGGCGAGCCAUCUUCCACAAACACAAUGGGCACAACAACACAGAGAUCAGCAUAUACCGCCAAAGGACAUGCCCUGACUGCAAUCAAAUCUGCUCCAAUGGCCACUGUUGGGGAGAAGCAAAAGGGAGCUGCCAAAUAUUGACGAGCACGAUCUGUGCCAGCAGCUGUGCGAGGUGCAAGGGCAGACGGCCAACGGAUUGCUGCCACGAACAAUGUGCCGCAGGUUGCACAGGACCUAAGCACUCUGACUGCCUGGCCUGCCUGCACUUCAACCACAGUGGGAUCUGUGAGCUGCAUUGCCCGCUUCUCAUCAACUACAACCCAGACACCUAUGAGUCCAUGAUCAAUCCAAAUGGGCGUUACACUUUUGGAGCAACUUGUGUCACUGAAUGCCCUUAUAAUUACUUGGCUGCAGAGGUCGGUUCCUGUACUUUGGUGUGUCCACAGAACAGCCAGGAAGUGAGCGUGGGCACCGUGCAAAAGUGUGAGAAAUGCAAUCAGCCUUGCCCAGAAGGUUGCUAUGGUUUGGGAAUGGACUCAUUGAGAGGUGUGCGUGCUGUCACUGCUGCUAACAUUAACCAUUUUGUUGGCUGCACCAAGAUCUUCGGCAGCUUAGCCUUUCUACCAGAGACUUUUGCGGGGGAUCCUGUCACCAAUACUCCACCAUUGGACCCUGAACAACUAAAAGUCUUUGAGAACUUGAAAGAUCUGACUGGCUUCCUCUACAUUGAAGCAUGGCCAGAGACGCUCUCAGACUUGAGUCCUUUCCAGAACCUUCAAGUGAUCCGGGGCCGGGCAUUGUACAAUGGAGUGUAUUCUCUGACACUGAAGCACCUCAACAUCACCUCCUUUGGCUUGCGUUCACUGCAAGAGAUCAGCAGCGGAAUGGUCCUUAUCCACCACAACCCCCACCUUUGCUUCAUCCAAAGCAUACCCUGGGGAGACAUCUUCAGAAACCCCCGUCAGACGCUAUUUGAGAAUGACAACAGUCCAGAAGCACUGUGUGAAAGUCAAGGCCAGGUUUGCUUCCCCCUCUGCAACAAGGGGCAUUGCUGGGGAUCCGGAGCUACUCAGUGCAUGUCCUGCAAUGGUUUUCUGCGUGGGAAGAAAUGUGUUGAGACCUGCAACCUUCUGGAUGGAGACAUGCGGGAAUAUGUCAAUGGAACACGAUGCUUUCCAUGCCAUCCAGAGUGCAUGCCCCAAAAUGGAACAGAGUCUUGUAAUGGAUCGGAUCCAGACCAGUGUGUGGCAUGUGCCCAUUACAAAGAUGGUGUCUCCUGUGUGGAGCGGUGUCCCAGUGGCGUAAAGGUUGAUGGCUCUUUUGUCCCCAUCUGGAAGUAUCCCGAUGAAGAAGGGAUCUGUCAGUUCUGCCCCAUCAACUGUACCCACUCGUGUGCCCUACGGGAUGAACUUGGCUGCCCUGUGGAUCAGAAACCUGGCCAGGCAACGUCGAUUAUUGCCGGCGUUGUGGGUGCUGCGCUCGCCCUGGUCCUGCUGCUCAUCAUCAUCAUUUGUAUCAAUCGACGGAAGCAGCAAGAGAGAAAACAUACAAUGCGCCGUCUUCUGCAGGAGACUGAGUUGGUGGAGCCACUAACGCCCAGCGGAGCCCUGCCGAACCAGGCUCAAAUGCGCAUUCUGAAGGAGACAGAAUUGAAAAAAGUCAAGGUUUUAGGAUCAGGGGCUUUUGGGACCGUGUACAAGGGUGUUUGGAUUCCCGAUGGCGAGAAUGUGAAGAUUCCAGUGGCCAUCAAAGUCCUACGGGAAAACACGUCACCCAAAGCCAACAAGGAGAUACUGGAUGAGGCAUAUGUCAUGGCGGGUGUCGGCAGCCCUUACGUCUCACGGCUCCUGGGAAUCUGUUUGACCUCCACAGUGCAGCUGGUGACUCAGCUCAUGCCAUAUGGCUGCCUGUUGGACUAUGUGCGGGAGAACAAGGACCGCAUCGGAUCCCAGGAUCUCCUCAACUGGUGUGUGCAGAUCGCAAAGGGGAUGAGCUACCUUGAAGAUGUCCGUCUAGUCCACCGAGACUUGGCUGCCCGCAAUGUUCUGGUGAAGAGUCCAAAUCAUGUGAAGAUCACAGAUUUUGGUUUAGCCCGGUUGUUGGACAUUGAUGAGACGGAAUACCACGCUGAUGGAGGGAAGGUACCUAUCAAGUGGAUGGCCCUGGAGUCGAUUUUGCGCAGGCGAUUCACCCACCAAAGUGAUGUGUGGAGCUAUGGUGUCACCGUCUGGGAGCUGAUGACUUUUGGUGCCAAGCCAUACGAUGGUAUCCCAGCCCGAGAGAUCCCUGACCUUCUGGAGAAAGGAGAAAGGUUGCCCCAGCCUCCCAUUUGUACCAUUGAUGUCUACAUGAUCAUGGUGAAAUGUUGGAUGAUUGACUCAGAAUGCCGGCCCAAGUUCCGAGAACUGGUCGCAGAGUUCACACGUAUGGCCAGGGAUCCACAGCGUUUUGUGGUCAUCCAGAAUGAUGACAACAUGGGUUUGGUCAGCCCUAUAGACAGCACAUUCUACCGCACUUUGCUAGAGGAGGAAGAGAUGCAAGAUUUGGUGGAUGCAGAAGAGUACCUUGUCCCUCAUCAGGGAUUUUUCAGUGGUGAGGUAUCAGCCGACUAUCGAUCUAGGAUUCCUUCAACAAGGAGUGCUACUGAGAUACAGACCGAGGGAGAGGAGCCAGAAGAAUCAGCUCAAUACCCCUAUUUGGGUUCUUCUCUCUCAGAACAAGCAGGAAAUGCUGUCCCUAACUUCCUGGAUGGAGACUAUGUAGCAAACAAGGUUGUGCAGGACCCAGAGGAGGAGCAGGGAACACUUCAGCGAUACAUCGAAGAUCCCACCGGUCCCUCAAGUAACGAACACGAGAAUUUUGAUGUCAGGAGCUACAAUUCACCUUUACCCUCUGGUGUGGUUCCAGAGUACGUGAAUCAGCCAGAAAAGAACCUUUCCCCCAGCAAAAACCUUCGGUCACCAGGAUCCACACUGGAAAAGCCAAAGGGCCACUUGGGCAAGAAUGGGCUCAUCAAGGAACCAAAGAACGUCUUCCACGGCAGCUUCACCAACGUGGUGGAAAACCCCGAGUAUCUCACGCCGUGCAACCUCCCUGUAGCUGCCCCUUUGCCCCAAGCCUUUGACAAUCUCUAUUACUGGAACCAGGAGACUCCCAAGAGGAACCCAGCUGAGUUCUUUGCCACUUCCGUGACUUCUGCCGCCACCCCUAAUGGCUUCACCACAACCCCAGCUGCAGAGAACCCGGAGUACCUUGGUUUGGCAGAAUCAGUCACAUGUUCCAAGGAGUUUGCAUGAAGGCCAAUCCUCAUGACCAAUGAGACACAUUUUUACUAUGAAGGCAGCUCAGAACACGAACUAGUGAACCAUUAAAUGCCUGUAAGAUGAACAGAAUGUGCGGAGACAUAAGAGUCCUCUAGAGGCCAAGCAGGCCCCUUUCUCUUCCUCUUAGCAGCUGGGGUAAUGUGAGAGAGAGCAAAAACCCAAUCUGGAUCUGCAGGCUGAUUUGCAGCUCUUUGGAAUGACUUUUUCCCCCCACUCCCAGUUGUUUCACUGGAACAGCUAUAUCCUGCCCCUCCCACCCACUCUACACACUGUAAUUUAUACAGCUGAAAUUAAGAACACUUGAGAUAGGAGCGGACCUUUGCAUGGAAACUGAUCUUCAUUCAGUUGCACUAGUACUUAAAACAGAUUCCUGGGCUCAGAAUCCUUAAUUUUAAUUUCUUUUGCAUCAGGUUGGAGUUGGCAGAUAUCAGGGUUAAAGUGAAAAACAAAAGUUAGUCCUUCAGAUCUGAAGUCUGCCCACUCCUGGGUUUAGGGACUUGGUGGCAACCCAACUUUAAAAAACAGAGGGCUCCUUUACCUCUUGUUAACCGGUAUCUUUCUUUUUUUUGAAUUACAAGGCAGGAGGAUUAGACCACAGAUUGGUUUAAUGAGCUAAGAAGCAGAAUUAUGAUACUUCAAAAUAGAUAAAUAUGAGGCUCUUCAUAUUUGAGUUUUGACUGACAGAAGGUGUGAAGAAUGACAUUGUGUGUUUUUAAAAGAGGGCAACGUGCAGCUAACUCUUGGAAACUGUGGUAUUUUUAUUGUUUAUGUUUAAUGAUAUUAGUUUUUUUAAAAAGGAAUGCUCUUCCUGUGUCUUGGGAUCAGAAAAGACUAUGUUCUUAUAAUGAAAUGAUCUGUGGUGAUGUUUAAGGAAAAUAUGUUGAUAGAAUCUAGAAAAAAGAAAAUAUUUUGUUCAGUGUCAGAAGUCUCUGUACUGUUUUUUUUUCUCUGUGAACCAUCUCAUGAAGCUUCUAGAAGAUGAUGGACUAUAGACAGCUCUGGAUGAGUCACCUUUUUCAUAGCAUGGGCAGCUUCAUAAUCUGUGUUGUUGGGACAUUUUAAUUCAGAGAGUUUUGCUUUAAAAGAAUAAUACUUUUUAGUGCCACAUUUUAUGUCCCAAUUGUUGGUGUUUGGAGUAAAAAGGAGCUAAUGUUCCCCCUUUUUUCUUUUUUGGAGGGUGGGGUAGAAAGAUAGAUUGCAUAAACUGCACAACAGAAACAAAGCACCAUCUUUCUCUGGAUUCCUGGAAUAUUUAUUAUGCUGAAGUAGCUGAUGGAUGUAAGGAGGACAGAAAAAGAACGAAGGAGGGUGAUAGCAGAGCCCCUGUUUAGCUUUGAGAGAGCCAUGUUCAUUUAAAGAAAAGCUGUGUAGCCUUUGUGAUGUCAAACCUGUGCUUGAA